AUGAGAAUUUUAUUAAGUGUCUUGUUAUUACUAGGUCUUGUUGCUGCCCUUACCAAUGCAGCACUUGCACCAAUAACAUCAACAACCUGUAAAGUUACAGGUAACGAUUAUACAACCUAUGGCAUUUGCUUCAAGAAUUCUCAACCUGAUCCACCUGAUCCUGAGAGCAAGGUUGCAGCAUCAGUCCUUGCUGUCGCCGCCGAACCACCCCCUGAUUACAAUCCAUGGAGUUGCAAGGGUAACCCAGACGACAACAGUGUCGCCUAUGGUAAGAUCAAGGUCACCGUUACAGGCGCCAGCACUGAAACUCAAAUUUGCAACACUCAUCAAUGCGCCCAAAACAGUCCAAUUGAUACUGUCAAGACUUGGUUAAACAAAUACCCUUUGAACAAGGAUGGAGUAACAUGUUAUCAAUCAACAACCGAUGCCAGCGUUGUCUAUCUCGAUGCUUCUGGUUUUUGUUCAUACAAUGGUGUUUUCAACACUGAGAACAAUACUUGCACAUGUCAACAAACCUACAGCGAAGCUGAUUGCUCCAAGUUCUCUGCUCCAGACUACACUGGUAGUGCCAUCAUGCAACACCCAUCCAUUAUCAUGGCUACCAUCUUUGUCAUUAUUGCUUCAUUAUUAUUUUACAUCUCUCAACAAAAGAUUGGCAAUCAAAAUACCAAGACUCAACUUCUACCAGAUAGUAAUACUAUUAUUACUACUUAA